UGACUGCCGAAAACUUUCGUGCUCUAUGUACCGGUGAAAAAGGACGUGGUCAAAUGACUGGAAAAUUGCUUCAUUAUCGAAAUUGCUGUUUUCACCGGGUAGUGAAAAACUUCAUGAUCCAGGGAGGAGAUUUUACGGCUGGAAAUGGCACAGGGGGCGAGAGCAUUUACGGGGGAACGUUCGCGGAUGAGAACCUAGAACUCCGGCACGAUUCGCCUUUUCUGCUCUCGAUGGCUAAUCGAGGCAAGGAUACGAACUGCUCGCAGUUUUUUAUUACCACUCGCCCAACUCCGCAUCUGGACGGUGUCCACGUGGUUUUCGGCAAGGUCAUAUCUGGCUAUCAGAUUAACUGUGGCGAGCUGAUGUUGGUGAAGAAAUCUAGACGGAGAAGCAGUGGUAGCUGCAGUACGGACGAGGUGAAGAUCACGGGCGAUCGACCUUCCAAGGAAGGCGCUGCUGAGGCAGAGGCUAAGGAGGCAGAGUCGGCGAUGACGACGACUCCGGCAGUAGAGAUACCCGACAUUCCACCAAAUCGGUUCCUGUUUCGACGCUCAAAAACUCCAGAGGAUAUAAAGAAAAAGGAGAACGACAAAGAAAAAGACAAGAGGAAAGAAGAGCGCAGAGACGUGCGUGAGCGACCCCGCACAUUUUCGCGUAGAGUCCUCUACAGCAAAUCUGGUCAUCGAAUCCGCGGUCGUGGAAAAUUGAGGUAGAC